GACAAAAAGAAAGUCUCGUGCCGUUCCCGCUCCUAACAAGACGUCCCAAGUACGAAAUACUUCUAAGCCUGAUUCAACUUCUAGGUACUCCAGCAACCGGAAGUGUGGCUGAUCUACGUCAUGUCAUGGAAGACUGUAAUUCGCCAUUAGGGAUGUCUGAGUGGGGGUAAAUUUGAGAGUCAAGCCACAUGGAUUAUGGAGUAAGAAGGCGAACUUUGAUUGGAGGAGUAGAGAAAUAUCGAAGACGACCCUAAUCAGGUGAUAGGCGAGGCUCCACUCUCCACUUUGCCCACAGUCAAAUCUAGGCGCACCGAAAAUCUAAGGAAACUUUUCUGCCGAACAGAGUCAUCAAUUUUCAAUCUUCAACCUCGUAACACCGAACUUCCCACAGAACUCGAAGGCUCAGUCUCCGCCCAAAACCGCGGUUAAAUCGAUUGAUUUCUCGUGUUCUUCUCAUCUCUCAACAAACCAGAAAAAAUGAAGCACCUCGCAGCUUACCUCCUCCUCGGCCUUGGUGGCAACACCUCGCCUUCCGCUUCCGACAUUAAGGAAGUCCUCGAGUCCGUUGGUAUCGAGGCCGAUACCGAGCGUCUAGAGAAGCUCAUCUCUGAGCUAGAGGGCAAGGACAUCAACGAGUUGAUCUCUGAGGGUUCCGGCAAGCUUGCCUCCGUUCCCUCUGGCGGUGCUGGCGGUGCUGCCUCUGGCGGCGCUGCCGCUGCCGGUGGUGCUGCUGCCGCCGAGGAGAAGGCCGAAGAGAAGGAAGAGGAGAAGGAAGAGUCCGACGAGGACAUGGGCUUCGGUCUGUUCGACUAAGCGGAUAUCGCACAUGGUUGCGGCAACGAAGUCAUGCGUUUUCGGGGAGGUGGCACGGAAUUGGGCAAUGGUCUUACAUGGUAUCCGGCGUGGAAGGGUCUGUGUUUGAUCAACUAAGGCAUCUAGAGACGGUUAAGGAAAAAUACAGUGCUGCUUCUCCGAA